UAUCCGUGUUUGAAGUUUGGAUGCCUCUUUAAUAAAAUUUUAAGUGGAAAAUAACACCCGAUUAAUGUCAAUAACAAAGUUGUUACCAAACAAUAUUCGUCCUUAUUUUGUAGUUGAGAAGGAACCCCUGCGAAAGGUCAUCCCAUAUUAACACAGGCGAUUGCUGACUCUCAGUUGAUUUCUACUUCUUCUAACAUACAGACAUGGCAGCCAAUGGAAAGUUAGCGCUUCUUAGCGUCUCCGACAAAACCGGCCUAGUGCCGCUAGCCAAAUGCCUGUCAGAGAUCGGACUUGGUCUCGUCAGUACUGGGGGCACGGCGUCCGCGCUUCGCGCCGCCGGGCUGCAAGUGCGCGACGUGGCCGACAUCACUGGAGCCCCGGAGAUGCUUGGUGGACGAGUCAAGUCCCUGCAUCCUGCAGUACACGGCGGCAUUCUGGCGAGGCUAACUGACUCCGACCAGGCCGACAUGAAACGCCAGAAGUUCGACAUGAUCAGCGUAGUGGUGUGCAACCUCUACCCCUUCGUCGACACCGUUGCCAAGCCCGACGUGACCAUCGCAGACGCUGUGGAAAACAUCGAUAUCGGUGGAGUGACCCUCCUCCGCGCCGCGGCGAAGAAUCACGACCGUGUCACGAUCUUAUGUGAUCCUAGUGAUUACGUCAGUGUUAUUGAGGAGUUGAAGCAGAAGAAACAGACUUCUUUGGAAACUAGGCAAAAGUUGGCCCUGAAGGCUUUCACCCACACCGCGGAAUACGACACGGCGAUUUCUGACUACUUCCGCAAGCAAUACUCGGCAGGGAAAGCGCAGAUGACCUUACGUUAUGGCAUGAACCCCCACCAGAAGCCAGCCCAAGUGUUCACAACCCGCGACCACCUGCCGCUGUCAACCAUCAACGGUUCCCCCGGUUUCAUCAACCUGUGUGACGCGCUCAACGCGUGGCAACUAGUCCGGGAACUGAAGCAGGCCCUUGGGGUGCCGGCCGCCACUAGCUUCAAGCAUGUGUCGCCCGCUGGCGCCGCUAUUGGAUUACCUCUUACGGAGCAGGAGGCCGCAGUAUGUAUGGUAGCAGACCUACUCCCCUCUCUCACCCCCCUCGCCUGCGCCUACGCUCGCGCGCGCGGCGCCGACCGCAUGAGCUCGUUCGGAGACUUCGUGGCCUUGUCUGAUGAGUGUGACGAGGUUACUGCUAGGAUCAUCUCGAGAGAGGUGUCCGAUGGUGUCAUCGCGCCUGGAUAUAGCAAGGGAGCGUUGGAACUAUUGAAAAAGAAGAAGGGUGGAAGCUAUUGCGUUCUGCAGAUGGACCCCACCUACGACCCAGCCCUCCUAGAACAAAAGACCAUCUUCGGUCUAACCCUAGAACAGAAGAGGAAUGACGCUGUAAUCACCCCGGACUUGUUCAAGAACGUCGUGACCGACAAGAAGGCGCUGCCUGAGAACGCUGUUAGAGACCUCAUCGUGGCUACGAUUGCGCUCAAAUAUACGCAGAGCAAUUCUGUGUGCUUCGCUAGGGACGGACAGGUUAUCGGUAUCGGAGCAGGCCAGCAGUCCCGCAUCCACUGCACCCGGCUGGCGGGCGGCAAGGCGGCGCUGUGGUGGUCGCGCGCGCACCCUCGCGUGCGCGGACUCAAGUUCAAGCGGGGCGUCACGCGCGCCGUGCAGUCCAACGCCAUCGACAACUUCGUCAACGGGACCAUUGGUACGGAUAUGCCGCUGUCGCAAUGGGAGUCCCUGUUCGACGGACCGGCGCCUGCGCUCCUCACGGAGCAGGAGCGGAGCGAGUGGCUCACGCACCUCGACAAGGUGGCGCUCGCCUCUGACGCCUUCUUCCCCUUCCGAGACAACAUCGACCGAGCUGUACAGUGCGGCGUAGAGUACAUCGGCAGCCCGGCCGGCUCCAACAACGAUGCUGAGGUCAUCACGGCCUGCAACGAGCACAAGAUUACGCUCGCACACACCAACCUCAGACUGUUCCACCAUUAAGCCUACCAUUCUACCCUUCUUUGGAGUAUCUUUUGCCAGCCCAAAAACGACUUUGAGUUUUUAAAUUUAGUGUUGAAUUUUGAUUGUCAUUUCAAACGAGAUAUUUCAUUCGCCGGAUUCGAAGGCUUAGAGCGGUUUCGCACUACGUCCGACCCGAAUCCGAUCCGAACCCGUGAAAAUAUGGUCCGUAGUAGCCGUAGAACUAUUUCUGUGGUAAGUUACGCACUAGAUCCGAUCUCCGUCAUCCGAUUUCUUUCCGUCAUUCAACCUGUGCGGUGCGUAACUUACCAUUAGUUCUACGGCUACUACGGACCAUAUUUACACGAGUUCGGAUCGGAUUCGGAUCGGACGUAGUGCGUAACCGCUCUUAAGGAAUUGAGUCCCACGGACGCGAUUUCGAAUCGGCAGAGAUUCAAAAUUCGAAUCGAACUUUAAAAUGUCAAAACUUUUGACGGGCAAAUUUGAAACCCUGGGACCCAAUCUGUGAAGGUCUCUUUGUCCUAAAUAUAAAUGACAGUUCGAUUUGCCAAAUCCCUACUCCGCUUUUGUACCGAUUUUGUACUAAAAUAACGGAUAGGUUGGAAUAAUUGAGGCAAUAUCUCAUGUAUCUGGCAUAUAAAAAAGCUAAGUGGUUGCACCAACCAUAUCAUACUGAUUAACACAAUUCAGAAGAGAACUAUGAACAUUUCCAUAGGUAUAAUAAUAGUACAUUAUUGUCGAGGCUCGGAAGUAGCUACUUGCAGGCUGAGGAUUCGUUUUAAACGGACGACCUUGGGAGUCCGUUUAAUUGAAUCCGAAGCCAGCAAGUAGCCUUCCAGCCGAGUCAUAUAUAGUGCUUUUCUCAAAAAUGGUGCAAGAAAUAUAAAUAUCAUAGAAAUAUUUUACAAAAGCAACGUUCUUACGUAUAUAUUUUCACAGAAAAAAGUAGAAACAAUUGAAAAAAUUAGCUUUGCCGCCUUUUUAUUUUUUUAAUAAAAAAAUAGAAGUGUAUUUUUCUGCCGAAAAUACGCCAACCUAUUUGAGACAGCUAAAUAGUCGCGGUACUAAUCACCUGUUUGGCUGUUUAAUGGGCCUGUGCCUUCAUUUGAUAUGGCCAUUUCAACUUUUAAAAAGUUUGGAACUCGACAAAUAAUGGAAUUUGUAUGCAACAUUGCAGUCCCAUAAUCGAGACUGCAAUGUUUUUAACUUUUUAAUUUUUGACUGACCAUAAACUACGCGCUUCGCGACCUAUUUUUUAAACGGCAAAGUCGACUUUGCCUUCCAUUUUUGAGAAAAAUUUGUUAAGAAUACAGACGGUUUGGUGCAAUCUUCGGGUUCCAUUAUUGUGAUCAUGCAAGGAGAGUCAAUAAAACUGCAAAGCAAUCAAUUAAAUUGACAAUAGAAUAAUCAUUCCAUAUUUUUAUUGUUACAAUUUUGUUAUAUUAGUGAUUGUUAGCGUUUUUAAGAGAAUGUAUUUAGAGUGAAUCUCUUUUAUAUUUGUUAAAAGUAUACAUUGUGCCUUGUUAGAGUUUAAGGAUUUAUUAAACGUAUGACUUUUA